AUGGGACAGACGCUGCGACAGCUGGUGGACAGCAUGCCCUGGUCCAGUACCAACCUCUUCAGCAUGGCGAGAUCAACUCCAGUACCCGCGGGAUGUCGCGCCACCAGGGAAACCAGCAAGGUUAUAAAUGUACAGCGCCAGGCGGCUAGGGACGGCGGCCGUCGUCCAUGGGGUAGGAUAUCUGAGGACAGCGAAAACUCGGAGGAAGAUGGUUCAGGAGGAAGCAGUUCAGGCGGCCGCCGCCAUAGCAGCAGCGGGGGGGCCCACCACGGCGGCAGCGUCGGCGAGCCGGCCCUCCAUGCCAUCCAUGCCAUCCAGCUUGCCCUGUCCACCCUGGGGGGUGUACCCGGCCAUUUAGCCGGGUUGGCGGAGGGGCGCUGCUCCGCGGCGGCCUUUGCGCUCUCCGUGGCGAUGGCAUCCGCACGGGAGGGGGGCCUGUCGCCCCAGCUGCUGCGAGUCGUAUCGCCGUACAGGGCCAGUUUGGAGCAGCUGCGGCCGCUGGGAAAGGGCGGCUUCGGCAGCGUGGUGGCUGUGCGCAGCCGUUUGGAUCACCGUGUGAUGGCGCUCAAGACCGUGGCGUUCCGCUCCGACCUGCCCCCCUGGGCCCCCCAGGAGCAGCUGGAGAUGCGGCACGUCAAGCUGCUCAGAGAGGUUCAGGCGUUGGCGGGCCUGGACGGCAGCCCGCACGUGGUCCGCUACUACAACGCAUGGAUCGAGCCGGCCUGGGAGAAGCUAGGCCAGCACCUGCAGCGGGGCGGUGUGAGGCGGGGGAUGGCCGGCCAGGCGCAACCGGCGCAGGCGCUGUCGGUAGCAGCAGGGGCCGAGGCCGCCCGGGUGGCUGCAGCAGGUAUGGUACGGUGCCGGCCGCCCACCCGCGAUGGCGGCAACAAAGCCGGGCGUCCGCUGUGGAAGUCGUCCCCACCGUCACCAAUGGAACCGCUGAUAGAUUUGCCCAUGUCCCCAGACGCCAUGUCCAUGCCCCUGCCUCUGUGGGCGGUGGCGGAUCCUGUGGUAGCAGCGGCGGCGGCGGCGGCGGCUGGGGGGUCGCAACACGGUUUGCCCAUCGUAACAUUGCCGCCGAGCAGCUCAGAGCCGACACGGCGGCGGAGCCUCGAGUCGGCGUUUCCGUCUCUGUCUGCCAGCCGCAGAUCGACGGGCUCCUCCAGCACCGAGGAGGGAAGCUCGUCCGGGCGUGAUGAUGGUCGUGCGAUGGUGGCGACGCCGCCGCCGCCGCCGCUAGUGGUUUCCAUACCGGGCACCCCUGAAGCCGAGAACCUGCUGGAGCGCGGGUCCCCGUGGCCACCACUGCCUGCGGGACGGCGGGGCCGCCGACCGCCGCCGCUGCAACCGCGGUCAUCACAGCCGCUGGUUACCAGUCUUAGCACCAGCCCUGAGGGCCCUAUUCGCGCCACUCCGACCCAUUCACUGCGGUCGCUACUGUCCAGUUCAGUCGAGUCCAUUCGCGUACCACCGGGCGGCACGAUAGCCAUGAGCCCCUCACUUGCCGCGGGGGGAUACCCGCAGGCUAGGGGUGGAGGCCUCGGUGUCGAUAUCGGUAUUGGCAUGGGCCGGGGUAGCCGCUUUAUCGGCCCUGGAUACGGUGACGCCUUUCCGGAUGAUGCGAGCUAUAGCAGUGGUGGUGGUGACGAUGGUCACGGCGGUAGUAGCGGCAAGGCAGCCGGUGGAUUUGGGAUUGGGGACGGCUUGGGCAGAGUCCAGGAGAUGAGGAGCGCGACGGCGCAGGCUGAGCAAGGUAGCUGGGCAGCAGGCCGCGAGACAGGAGGAGUGGGAAAACCGGUUCCCAGCAGCGUCGGCGGGAACCCUGGAGCAGGCGGCACCACCGAGAGCAGCACGGACAGCAGCUCGAUGCGAUCCUCUGCUACGGCUCUUUCCUCCGACAUGGCAUCCCAUGGCUACGGCGGCGCCGGCGGCCCCGCCGGCGCCGGCAACGUGGAUGAUGUUGAAGAGUUCAGCUGGACUUUUGAUCGCGGUAGCGAUGAUGGCGCGGAUGAUGCCACUGGGGAGCGUGUCCCUCGCCCUGGACCGCAUGCAGCCGGAAAGGGUGCAGGCUGUAGCCUGAAGACGAUGCUUCCCAAAAAUCGAGCAGCAGCAGCGCUGCAAGGCCGCCGGGGACCGGCAGGUCCCGCCGAGGAGGAGCAAUUCGCAGGCGGCGACACCCGCAGACUCAUCCUGCAGCAGGGCAGACAUCAGCGCCGCCGCGGCCGCCAGCAGCACCCCUUCCCUGCACUUCUGCAAGGCAUGGACCUGUCCCCCGGCUGCGAUGCUGGUGGUGGUGGUGGUGGUGGUGGUGGUGGUGGUGGUGGUGGUGGUGGUGGUGGUGCUUACCUGACAGCAGGUGGAGCCCGUCAGCGCGGUGGUGCACGGCCGUCACCAGAGCUGGCGGCGGCAGCCUUGCUGUCCGGCAUUCGCCGGUGGCCGUACAGGCUGUACAUCAGCAUGGAGCUGGUGAGGGGCCCUACGCUGACGUUGUGGCUGCAGCAGCGCGCGGAGAGGCUCCUGCGCAGCAGUAGUGGCCGUGAGGGCACAAGGCCACCUGAGCACCCUCCGGAACCCGCUGCUUCGGAGCGCAGCAUCUUCUACCAGAUUGUGACGGGUUUGUCGUACGUGCACGCCGCCGGCAUCAUCCAUCGGGACUUGAAGCCCGCCAACAUCUUCCUGGUGCCUUUUGAAAUGCCGCCGGAAGACCAUGCGAGCUCUGCAGGCGGGGGCGGUUCCGGAGCCGCCUACUCCCUAGGGGCUGCGGUGCCCAUCGCGGGAUGGGUCCCUACUGCCGCUGCAGCGGGCCGUGGGCCUCCGUUAGGAGCUGAGCCAGCCGAGCGCUACCUGGUGAAGAUUGGGGACUUCGGUCUCGCGGUGGAGCACGAGGAGUCUCCGGAGCCCUCCGGCAUCCACAGCUCGGCAGCGACCCCAUCAGCCGCCGCCGCCACUUCCUCAUCGCCAUCUACGUCGUCUCUGAAUGGACCGCCCGGCUCCGCAGCAGCUACAGCCGCCACCGCCGGGCGCCAGAAACCCUCGCGCCGCCAGUCGUCGAUCCCGCUGCUGUAUGACGCUGCAGCCGCGGCGGAGAGCUGCCCGGACGCGCCAGGCUCGGUGUCAAGAAGCGACGGCGAGCCCGUCGUGUUGUCAACGAUGCCGGCUCUGCCACGAGGGGUGUCGCGCACUGCUGCUGGUAGUGCUGCUGCUGCUGCUGCUGCAUCUGGCGCCGGCGGACAGGGGCUGGAGGCCGCAGCUGCCGGCACAGUCCUACCACGUUGGAACAGUUGCACGUCGUCCGCCCAUACGUCCGGCGUUGGUACGGCAUCGUACAGCGCUCCGGAGCAGCUCCAAGACCAGUCCGGCGGCGUGUCGUGCUAUGGACCCGAGGUGGACAUCUACCCGCUGGGCCUUAUCCUGCUGGAGCUGUUCUGCGUUCACGGAACUGCCAUGGAGCGAGCCAACGCCAUGCGCGAGGCUCGGCAGGGCCGCCUGCCCACCUCCUUCAUGCGCACCUACCCUGGGGAAGCCAAGCUGGCGGAGGCGUGUCUGCGAGCCCGCGCGGAGCAACGGCCCAGCGCGUCUCAAAUCCUGAAGCUGCUGGAUGUCAUGUGGGGCUUAUCACGGACAGAUUCGGGGGCACCCCGAGGUCGUCCGGAGGGGCCAGGCAGCGGCGGCGGCGGCGGCGGCGCCGUCACCGCCGCUCCGCCUGGUGCCGCCGAUGGCGACAGUGAUCGCUACGGCGGCGGCGGCAGCGGCGGCGGUUGUUGGAAUGGCUUACCUAGCGGCAUGCAGACUGCGCUGGCUGGCGACAGUUGCGUUGUGGGUGACGCCUCCGACGCGGAUGUGGUGCAGGGCCAAGGUGGAGGCCGGGGUGGAAAGGGACUCAUGGGUACGACGAGUAGGCCCGCUGCUGCACGCUUGCGGGCUGUCGGCCAAGGGGCAGCGGCGGCGGCUGAGAUAGCGACCACGACCACGGCCGCUGUCUCCACCGUAAUGAAGCGUGUUGCGUCGGGCCCGCCACUACGGUACUGCCGUCAGCUGCCACGUUUGCCAGCUCCCCCGGGCCCUUCCGCGUCGGCAUUUCGCAACUCCAGAGCGGUUGGGGCGCCUGCUGCUUUCAGCCCUUCAACCUUCGACCGGGUUUGCCCCUCGGUGGGGGACAUCGGUAACAUCCGCAUGGCUCUGGCGGCGGAGCUGGAGGACGUCGGCACCCAGACGGACCUGACCUGGGUGUCCGAGGAGCAGGCGCAGCCACAGCUGCUGGAUGCCGCUGGGAAGCUAGCGCUCGGUGGCCCCGCCGCUGCCGGUGCCGCGUUGCCACGGAUGCAGCAAGUCCCAUUACACGGAGUUUUGUCCGAGGGUGGUGCAGAGCCCGCCGCCGUGGCUGCCAUCACCACGUCCGCAACAGGUCCUGCCGCGGCGGUACUACUACCGGCGUGUGCGGGAGGUGGUGGACCGGCUGCUGGGGCGGGCGGGAUGGAGAGGGCGGAGUUAAUGGUGAGGUUGCGGUCGCUCGAGGCUGAGGUACAGCGGCUGCGAGAGCACCUAGAAGCGGGAGAAGUGGCAAACCGCGGCCUUUCGUUAGGUGACUGA